GUUUCUUUACAGGUAACUACCUCCAGAGAGAGAAAAAUCAACACUUUGCAUCCUGGAAAUUCACUUAAGAGUCUGAAUUAGGGACUUCUUUCAAACCUGGACAUGGCUAAUCGUGGAGCAACAAGACCCAACGGGCCAAAUACUGGAAAUAAAAUAUGCCAGUUCAAACUAGUACUUCUGGGAGAGUCUGCUGUUGGCAAGUCAAGCCUAGUGCUCCGUUUUGUGAAGGGCCAAUUUCAUGAAUUUCAAGAGAGUACUAUUGGGGCUGCCUUUCUCACCCAGACUGUGUGUCUUGAUGACACCACAGUCAAGUUUGAAAUAUGGGACACGGCUGGUCAGGAGCGCUACCACAGUCUGGCACCGAUGUACUACCGCGGAGCGCAGGCUGCAAUCGUCGUGUACGACAUCACGAAUGAGGAAUCCUUCGCAAGAGCAAAAAACUGGGUUAAAGAACUUCAGAGGCAAGCAAGUCCCAACAUUGUCAUAGCUUUAUCAGGAAAUAAGGCUGACUUAGCAAAUAAAAGAGCUGUAGAUUUCCAGGAAGCACAGUCUUACGCAGAUGAUAACAGUUUGUUAUUCAUGGAGACAUCAGCUAAAACAUCAAUGAAUGUAAAUGAAAUCUUUUUGGCAAUAGCUAAAAAGUUGCCAAAGAAUGAACCACAGAAUCCGGGAAGCAGUUCGGCCAGAGCGAGAGGAGUGGACCUGACGGAGCCCACGCAGCCAGCCAGGAGCCAGUGUUGUAGUAACUAACUCUCGGAAC